GUUACAAUUAGAAAAAUAAUAAAAUGGCUGUAAGUAUAGCCUUCAACGCUCAACCUACCAAAGUUUUUGUUGGUAGCUUACCGCCAGGCACAAAACCAGAGGAACUUCGUCAUUUGUUUGAAAACUAUGGUGUUGUCGUUGAAUGUGAUGUCAUGAAUCGGUGUGGUUUUGUACACAUGAAAAAUCCCGCAAUGGCGGAGAAUGCCAUUCAGGCGUUGAAUGCCAGCGAAUUUAAGGGACAAUCAAUUGUUGUGGAACACGGUCGACCAAAGGAACGUAGUGGCGGUCCACAAGGUGGUGGAUCUAAUCAAAUGGUACGCGGCGGUGGUGGUGGAGGACCACAGCGAGGAGGCGGUCGCGGCGUUGGUGGUGUUGGCUUCCCUGGCAAUAUACAGCAUUCGAAUAAAGCCAAACAAGUGGCCACAUUGCAAUUGGCCAGCGUCAUAUUGGAUUUGCUAAAUGACCAAAACCAAAACGAAAAUAUUGCAGGUGGUGGUGGAGGCGGAGGUUUCCUUAUAGGAACAGGCAGUGGUUCAGGUGGCGGUGGAGGUCCUCGUGGUGGCGGUCCCAUGGGAGGUCGUGGUGGAGGCGGUAACUUCCAGGGCGGACGUGGAGGGCCACAAAAUAUGAAUGGACCUGGUCCAAUGCGUAACCAAGGUUUUAAAAAUGAUCGCUCUGCCCCUUACCCAACACAAAAUAUGAAUAUGGGAUCAGGACCACAAGGAGGUGGCGGUGGUGGUAAAUUUAAUCAAAAUAGAUCAGGGGGCGGAGGUAAUUUUGGUCAAAACCGUGGUGGUGGCAACAUUAACAAUUCUGGUGGUAAUGGUCAUUGGAAUAAUGCCAGUGGUGGUCCUGGACCUCGUGGCCCCAAUCGUGGAGGAGGCGGUGGUAAUUUCCAAAAUCAAGGACGAGGUGGUGGAGGAGGAUCUGCUGCUGCUGGUGGAUUCAAUGACAAUUUCUCAAGUGGUUUUAGUGGAAAUAUGAAUAAUAUACCAGCCGGUGGCAAUUUUGGUGGCCAACAAGACAGACGCGGCUUUACUCUACCCACAAAUCAGCCACCAAAAUAUGGUGGUGGUAAUCAGCAUGGAGGUGGUUUUGGUGGUUUGGAUCAAGGUUUUGGCAAUGAUGAUGGUAUGUUCCAAAGACGGAAUAAUAACGGACCCAAUAUGGGUGGUGGUCCCAAUAACAUGGCUGGUGGCAAUUUCAAUCGCGGAGGAAACCGUGGUCCCUCGGGUGGUUUUAAUAAUCGCGGCGGUCCAAAUGGCCCCAGUGGUCCACCUCAACAACAAGGAGGCUUUAAAAAGAAUUUCCCUGCCAAUAACAUGAAUUCCGGUGAUGAUUACAAUCAGCAAUUCCCACCAUUGGGAGGUGGUGCUGGUGGUGGCAGAGGCAAUAACUUCCCACAACAAGGCAAUUUUGGCAAUAAUCGUGCAGGUGGUGGUGGAGGUCCUCGUGGUGGCAAUUUUGGUGGAGGAUUUAACCGAGGCGGCAAUCAACAAGACAAUGUGCCACGUAAUGCUGGCGGUCCCGCAGGACGAGGUGGUUUUGGUGGCGGUGGUCCUGGUGGCAAUAUGAAUCGCAAUGCACCACGACAAAGUAUGCCAAAUCGUCGCUUUUAA